AUGUCGCUGUCGCAUGCCCCAGAUAGGGCCCGGAAGUAUAAGGAAGCGCCGGCGCCUGUAGCGUCGCAGAAGAUGCAUCACCCCCACUCGGCCCAGGGCCUGCCACCACCAAACCACCACCCACACCAUCCACAACACCCUCACCCUAGGCCUGCUCAAGUGCAGCAACACCACCACCAGCCGCACCCCAGCUCUCCUCACCAGCCACAGCCAAACCAGAGCCCAGCCCAAGGACACUACCCCUCCCCUCACCCCUCCCACGCUCAAGGUCCACCGCCUCACCAAUCGCCGUACGUUCAGCAGCUCCAAGGCGCACCGCCACCCCAGCAGCAGCAGCAGCAGCAGCAGCAGCAACAGCAGCCGCAGCCGCAGCAGCAAGAGGUGCCCUACUAUCAGGCGCACCCCAGUCCCUACAGCACCAACAGCGCGCCGAGUAAUUAUUCCUCAUCAGAAACUCCAGAGCUCAUGGCCGCCGCAACCAUGAACCGGACGGGUUUCCCUCCGAUAUCCUAUCACACCCCUCAGUCUAACUCCCCUGCAUCUGUGCAAUCACCACAGCACGACCAGCAUGGAAGGCCAAUCUACGGCCAGCCUCCCAGCCAGAUGCCUCAAUCAAUGUACUACACGCCGUAUGGCUCAGCGCCGGUGCCUCAGCAAUCGCCCUACAACCAGCACCCCUCCUCAACGCCGCAACAGCCCAUGGCAUCCAACCCGCUCUUGAUGUCGCACCAGCAAGGCCAGCACAUGCAGCACCCCCAUCAGCCUCACCCGCGCACCCCCGGUAUGGCAGGAAGCCCAAAGCCACAAAUGUCACAGGCGCCACUCCAGCGCCCGCCAUCCGGUCUUGGGCCACCCCAGCAGCAGCCCCAGGCGCCUCCCGUUGGCACACCCAACAUGCACCAAGGUCCUCCUGGCGCUCCUGGCGUCAACCCCAACGCUGCGCCUGGUCCCAUUCCUGCAACAACCCCGCUUGUAGUACGACAGGACCAGAACGGCGUUCAGUGGAUUGCAUUUGAGUACUCGCGCGACCGCGUGAAGAUGGAGUACACCAUUCGAUGCGAUGUCGAGUCCAUCAACGUCGACGAGCUCCCCCCAGACUUCAAGACGGAGAACUGUGUCUACCCUCGUGCAUGUUGCGCCAAGGACUCGUACAAGGGCAACCGUCUCCACUACGAGACAGAGUGCAACACGGUCGGUUGGGCACUGGCGCAACUGAACCCGUGUCUGAGAGGCAAGCGAGGUCUCAUUCAACGCGCAGUCGACAGCUGGCGAAACAGCAACCAGGACCCCCGGCUGAGGAGCCGUCGUGUGAGGCGAAUGGCUAAGAUGACGACACGAAAGGCUCAGGCAAACACACACGGUGCUCACAUGGCUGGUCCCGGUGGCCCAGGAGCACCCGGUGUUCCCAAUUCUGCCCCACUAGCAGCACCACCCCGCCAGUCCAACAUGGGCAUGGGAGGUCCACAGAUGCACCACCACCACGAUCACCCAGGAGGACCACAAGGAGGAUCGGACGAUGUUAGCGGCAAUGACUACGCCGAGGCACACACCCACCACCAUCAAGCCCCGAGCGGGACGCAGUCUCCAAGCGACGUACGACAAACUCAGAACUUUUAUCCUACCUUUCCCUCGGGCGAAUCCGUGGCUGGCUCCAGUGGCUUACCGCCUACUCACGAGGACAUGAAGUACCCACCACCGCCGCACGCGGCCGGCUUACCAGUGUCAAAGCAGCAGGAGCAGGAUGAAGAAGAGAGAAAGCUAGCUAUGUUUGGCGACCUACCUGAGUCGAAGCGCCGCAAAUUCAUCCUGGUGGAUGACGCGCAGCGAGGCACCAGGGUCCGCGUGCGAGUCACUCUUGAUACUGUCAAGAUGGAGGAGAUGCCCGACUCGUACCGCAAGUCCAACUCGGUGUUCCCCCGCAGCUACUUCGCUAUGCAAAUGACCUCGCCGCCAGCAAGUCCACGUGGCAGCAAGGUCUUUGCAGACGAGCCUGAUGUUGAGAGCGAUCCCAGCUUCCCCCUGUCCGGUUCUACCACCGUCCUUGUCCCCACUCUCGACGGCGAGGCUCGUGUACCGAAACCGCGUCUGACAAGGACGAAGCGCUCCAAGGAGAUCACUCUCAACGAUCUUGGCUAUCGCAUGAGUUGGAGCCAGAGCCGUGUGUUCGCAGGCAGGACGUUGUUCCUGCAGAAGUCUCUCGACGCUUACCGCAACAAGAUGCGAAGCAGCAUGAUGGGUCAAGGUCAAGAUGUGACCCAAGUGGCGCCACACUUUGAGACCCGGGUCGGCAAGCGCAGGUGGAACGACAGAAUCGAGCGGAACAAGAAAUCGAGGCGCGAUGGCUCUCCUUAA